CGUACAACCUUAACUCUAUCCCUUUCUUAAUUAAGCCUUGACAUCUAUAAAUAGCCAACAUUAUUGUUCAUGUUAAUCAGUACUCAUACAAGAAUGUCAGACUGCAAAGGAAAGAGUUCAUGGCCAGAGCUGGUAGGGGAGAGUGGAGAAGCUGCAGCCGCUAAGAUCGAGAAACAGAAUCCACGGGUUGAUGCUAUCGUGUUACGCGAUGGAACUCCAACGACUACGGAUUUUAGGUGUGACCGUGUUUGGGUGUGGGUGGACUCUUAUGGGGUUGUCAUUCGAACUCCUAACAUUGGUUAAGCUCAAAAUGAAGCCGGCCAGGGGACUAUAUCUAUCUAUCUAUCUAUAUAAUAAUGUGCCUAUUGUAAUGUUUUUAAGUUUCUUGUGUUGUUUCGAGUUACGACGUGUAUGAUGUACGAAUAAAUAAAUGAAUGAAUAAAUGUGUAAAUUCAA